UCUUCCUCAGCGGCAGUUGUCAUCAAACCUCUGCCUCUGUCUGCUCUGCACACACUGUGUCUGUGUCUGUGUCAGUCUGUGUCUGUGGCUGAACAUGAUGCGGACUGUAGUGUUUUGCGGCAUCUUGCCUUUGCAACUUCUCUUCUGCGUCUAUUCUCUGCCGGUACACGACCGGACCGUCAACACGUACAAGCAGCUACAGGGAUGGCCUCACAGCAGCGGUCAUGUUGGUCUGAAGAAGAGGGGAAGACAUGAACAGGACACACUCAACAAACAGUACCAUUUCAAGCCUGUACUAGCAUCAAAAAAUGACACAGAGUUCUGGAAGCGUCCUCGCUGUGGAGUCCCAGACUAUCCCACCUUAACGCAUGUUGGCCUGUCGUACUAUAACCUGAAGAAGAAGAAGGGAGGCCUGAGUGGACAGCAGCGCAGGAAGCGAUUUGCACUGUUUGGAGGGCGCUGGGAGAAGACUGACCUCACUUACAAGAUUGUGCGUUUCCCCUGGCAGAUGAGUGAGGGCAAAGUGAGGCGUGUCUUCCUGGAGGCAUUCGGUGUAUGGAGUGCAGUGACUCCUCUGACGUUCAGAGAGGUCACCACUGAGAAAGCUGACAUCAUUAUUGACUUCAGCAGGUACUGGCAUGGGGAUAACUUGCCAUUUGAUGGUCCUGGAGGGAUCCUCGCCCACGCCUUUUUCCCCAGGACACACCGAGAGGGCGAAGUACACUUUGACUAUGAUGAGCAUUGGACGGUGGGCAACAGUGUGGGCACGGAUCUCUCACAAGUGGCAGCUCAUGAGUUUGGCCAUGUCCUCGGCCUGCAGCACUCCCUGGAGCCUGAUGCUGUGAUGUGUCCUUUCUACAGCGACUCCUACCCUCUGCAGCUCAGUGAGGAUGACAAGAGGGGCAUCCAGUAUCUGUAUGGCCCCCCUCGACACGCACCGCCCGACAUGACGGAGACCAAUGAGAUUGACAUUGGAAAGCCACACGCCUGCAGGACAAACUUUGAUGCCGUGUCCAUGAUCAGGGGAGAGCUGUUCUUCUUUAAGUCGCGAUAUGUUUGGCGUAUCCGUGAUGGACAGCUACAAGCUGGCUAUCCCGCCUUGGCUUCACGCCACUGGAAAGGCAUUCCUGACCAUAUCGAUGCUGCAUAUGAAGACAAGUCCGGCAACAUCUGGUUCUUCCAAGGUGACAGCUACUGGGUGUUUGAUGCCGAGAGGAAGAUUACAGGACCUGAUUCAGUGCGGCAGCUGGGUCUUCCUGUAACAGAUAUCCAAGCAGCUUUGAAGUGGGAGGAGGGCCGCGUUGAGAAAGUCUACCUCCUCAAGUCUGCUUCUUACUGGCCCUUCAAUCCUCAGGAGAAUCGACUGGAUGAUGUCCAUCCCCGCAGCAUGCACAAGUGGGGAGGAGUGCCUGGCCAUAUUGAUGCAGCCUUUCGGGACAGAUAUGGCUAUGCCAAUUUCCUGAGUGGGCUGCACUACUGGAAGUUUGACCCUGUGGCGCUGAAAGUGCUAGAAGGCUACCCCCGCAGCAUUGGCAUGGAUUUCUUUGGCUGUUCUGUCUAAAUAAGUUCAUACACAUACAUCUGCUAAACAUGUGAAGAGCAUUGGGUGUAGUUUUCAGCCCAAUUCUCCAUACAGAACAUUCUGGCUAUUCUGGAUAUAUACCUAUACACUGAUUUAUUUCAUAAAGAUGACUCAGAACCCACAUAAAUACAUCAAAGUCUUGCCAAAGUCUCUGUUCACUGCAAACACAUAAUUUUUUUAAACAAUGACUUUGCAUUUAAGAAUACGUUUAUACAUUUACUGUGAGUGUAGGCUCGCAGUAACAGUUACUCAGUAUGUGUUUACUUUUGCAUGACCAGGAAUGAUUUUGUCAUUUUGAGAUAAGAAAACACAUCUGGAGAUAGCUUAUUAAAACUCAUAAAGCUUCUCCCCCAGUCUUUGGACCCCAAACCCACCAUUAAAGAGUAACUCUUCUCUAGAUCUCAGAGAAGUAGUACUGCUGCCCUAACCUUUGUGGGUCAAAAGGUUCAAGUCUGUGGUGAUGCCACAAGUACUGUGUUAAGUGCUGGACUGUAAUGGUUGCGUACUUAGCCUCAAGAAGUUGGCAGAGCAGGCACGAUUACAAGUGUUUUUUUUGGCUUAAACCUGACCACAUGUUAACUAUAGUUUUGUUGAAACAUACAGAAGGUUAAAUGAAUCCCAUGCAUAAUAACGUACUAUGUAACAUAUCUGUGGUUUGCAGAAACGUACAAUGCCAACAAAUAUUCUGGUGAAUGAAUUGGAGUACAAGUACUCAUUAAUGUACACCUUGCUUACUAGCAAAAUUGAGACACGUAUUAAGACUUUGGUUUGCUCAAACGAACUAGGCCAAAUGAUAUGU